AAGCACUGCUCAAAAAUUCCAGUUUGUCAAUUCCAGAUUCGAAACGUCGUCAUCACAUUUUACACGAAUUCUACAAUUUCCGCAAAGACAUGGUCGACUCUAAUUACAAAAACACCAAAGUAUAUUUCCGCUUCUUGCCAUCAAUCGAAUCCAAUUGGGACGACUUCCGUAUCCUCGAAGAUAGAAAGACGCUGUACGUGCGCUGCCUGCAGGACUUCGAGAAGGGCCGAGAACAUCUGGAGCCUAGCUACUGGAAGUUCUGCACGGACGGCCUCCUCUACAACAACUCGCAGGAAGAGAUCUUCAACGAAAUCACCUCCGACCUCCUUCUCGAUAAGAUUUUUGAAGGCAACAAUGCCAUUAUUCUCUCUUACGGACAGACGGGAAGCGGCAAAAGCAUCACCACUUCCGGUUUGGAUAACGCAUAUGAAGAUCGAGGAUUUGUGCCUCGUUUGAUUGAGGCUAUAUACCAGAGGAAGGAGGCCGUAAGAUCGUCGUAUCAAGUGUCCGUGCACAUAACAUGCGUCGAGACGAACAGAAAAUACGUGAUGGAUUUGCAAGGCGAUGGAAUGCUGCACGAUAUGAAUUCCAUGAAAAACAUUAAAGCCUAUCGGGCGCACACUUGCGACGAAGCUUUGCAGAUGAUCUUCAGAGCCGAAGCAAGAAAAACAGUUCGCUCGAAGAUAACUUACAACUCGCACAUGGCGAAUAGCGCAAUUACUUUUACGAUUUACGCGAAAAGUUUUGCAACUAACGAUACUACAGUUGGAAAACUUCACGUCGUUGAUUUAUCUGGUGCUGAUACUGCAGGAAACGUGAGUUGCUUGCAUAAAAACGGAUUCGAAAUAGGCACAGGGAAUUUGGCGAAGACUCAACUAGAGCAAUUCAUUCUGAUAUUAAACGAAAAGAACACCGAAAAGAUACUUGUGAAACAGAGGCUCUGCAUCAUCAUAAAUUACCUGAAGGAUUCUCUAAAUGCGCACAGCGUUUUGCGAUUUAUUGGACACAUAAGAUCGGAGAGAAACGACACGAUGGUCAGCUUGUCGAUGCUUAGGUUCGGUCAAUUGGUCCGUGGUUUAACACCGCAGAAGUUGCAUCCGAAAGUGUUUAAAGAUCAAGAAACCAAAUUGAAAGUGGUCGAAGCCGAGUUGGUGAUACUCAAAAAGGAAUUGGAAUUGAACUCAAUGCUGACCAACGUCGAUAUGACUACAAAUCUAUCUCAUCAGAGAUUCCAGUUCAUCGAGCGGUUGGCUGAAGAUUAUUUGAAGGAUAAAAGCGGCGAAAUAAUUUUAUUGAAUACAACGGACGCGGUUCUAGCUAUGAAAGUGUUCAAGAAUUAUUACAACCGUUUGGAGAGCGAAAAGAAUUUCCUUGCCGAGCAAAUCAAAACUUUGGAGGAUGGUAACUCGUCCAGGCUAAGGGAUAGUAGUAUAUCUUCGAAGCAAUCGAAGAGGAAUAGUAUCAAGCACAGCAAUAACAGCAGCGUGAGCUUAGUGCGCAGUAAGAAAGGUUCAAGCAAGAAGAAAGUUAACAGAGAAUCGAAGGAUAUAAGUUCUAUAAUUGAGGAGAGCGUUCGAAAUGGGCCUAGAAGUUCUAAGUUAAGCGUUAGCAAGAGUGCAAAGAGGAGAGGAAGUCGCCGAAAAUCUGGCGAUUCAGUGUCUCCAAUAAAAUCGGAUCUGUUCAAUUUAGCGGAGAGCGAAGCCGCUGUUCAAUCUCAAAACUUGCUUCCCAUUGAAAUAGCUCCCCAAUACGAAUCAGCUUGGAAUUUAUUCGUCGAAAGCAGUUCAGAUUACAAGAUCCUCAAAGAUGAGUGCGAUUCGGCUGACACACAGUUAGAGGAAAUCGUGGAAAACUACAAUAGAGAAGCUGAAAGAGUGCAGGAGAUUGUGGGCAUUUUACAGCUGAGGAGGGAUGAAUUGUACCGCGCGCAACUGCUCAAAGAUUUGGAGAAGAAAGAGGAGAUCCCGGCGUUAAGUGAUCUCGAGAUCAAAUGUGCAAAUAACGUCAAUCGGGAAGAACAAAACCUUGUAUUGCAGAAGGAACUUUUACUGAAGCUGCAAGCUGAACUGAAACUUGCUAUAGAUGCCAGAAAUAGAGCCAAAGAAGAUUUGAGUCAACAGUUCCAGAAAUAUUGCAAAAACAAAUACGCUGUUCCAGUUCCAGAGUUGGGGAACGACGAAGCUGAGGAUCAAACGGAAAAGAGUCUCAGGUCUGUGGAUGUGGCCAUAGCCCAAACGGAUGAUGUCGACCAGAAGGUUGAACCGUGCACCACCAAAGAAUCCCUUCGUUUCAUCGAGCUCAAGAAGAUGAUGCGCAAAGAGCGAAAGAAGCUAGUCCGCGAUUCGGCAAAGAACAAAAUGUGGAUUAGAUCUUGCAAAUUACAACUGGAAACGCAAUAAAUUUGUUUAAAAUCCCGAUCGUUUUUCCGCAUUGAUGAGGUCGCAUUUUUCUAUAUUGUUUGUGUUAUUGUUGUUUUGCAUGAUCAAGAUCCAAAGAUACCAGCGUUGAUGAAUAAAAAACGCCGGGGAAAUGAUUAUUAGAGCUAUUGUUGUGCACAUAAUUAGAACAAACGCUGGAUCCGGUAUAAAUAAUAUUAG